GCAAUCCACUUCCAUUAUCCAAAAUCCAACCAUCUCAAACAAAAAUCGAUCAUCAGUUACGUUCACCGGAACACAUCCGCAGUGUCCGCCUCACGCGCCACUUGCUUAAAAAAAUGCUAGCCACAUUCUAUACCCUCAGUUCCAUUCUCCCAACCUUUUUCUCGACUUCACCACGUAUCUCCUCUAGUGUGAAUCGGUCCAGAUUAAAAAGGUCUUGUUCGGUGACAGUGAAUCAGCUUGAAAGUCCAAUUGUGCUUGGAUUUGGUGGUGUGGGAGUGGAUCUCUUGGCUACUGUGGCUGCCUUUCCUAAUCCAGAUGAUAAGAUUCGAACCACUAACUUGGAGGUUCAAGGAGGGGGGAAUGCAGGAAAUGCUCUAACUUGCGCAGCUCGUUUAGGAUUAAACGCAAGGUUAAUUUCCAAGGUUGCCAAUGAUGCUCAAGGCAGAGGAAUAUUGGAGGAACUAAAGGAUGAUGGUGUAGAUGUAUCUUAUUUUGCGGUAUCUGAAGAGGGAAAUUCACCGUUUACCUACGUGAUUGUGGACAAUCAAACGAAAACCCGAACUUGUAUUCAUACUCCAGGCUCACCUCUAAUGUUACCCGAUGACAUAUCCGAAUCAACUUUAUUGACUGCGCUGGAUGGAGUAAAGCUUGUUUAUUUUGAUGUACGAUUGCCUGAAACUGCUCUGGUUGUUGCACAUAAGGCAAUUAGCAAGAAAAUACCUAUUCUGAUUGAUGCUGAAAGGCCAAGAGAAGGACUGGAUGAUCUUAUAAAUUUAUCAGAUUACGUUGUUUGCUCAGCAAAAUUUCCUCAGACGUGGACUGGAGCUCCAUCUGUUCCGAGUGCACUUGUGUCCAUGCUGUUGAGGUUACCUAAGGUCAAGUUUGUGAUUGUAACAUUAGGUGCAGAUGGCUGUAUAAUGCUUGAGAGAAGCGUGGCUGAGAAUUCUCAAGCUAAGGAAAUGGAUGUAGAUAAUUUGGUAGAGCAAUUGAAGCACAAAUCUGACAGUACCACAACUGGCCCAACAUGCUUUUCAUCGGACGUUACAAGGUUGCAGGCGAAAGGAGUUGGGAGCAUAUAUGGAAAGAUAUUUAUUGGCACAGCCGAGAAAAUACCACAAUCAGAACUCGUGGAUACAACAGGCGCAGGAGACGCAUUUAUAGGAGCGGUCCUAUAUGCCAUUUGCACCAACAAAACACCGGAGCAGAUGUUGCCUUUUGCAGCUCAAGUGGCAGCUAUUUCUUGUCGAGCCUUAGGCGCUCGUGCUGGUCUUCCACGGCUAACAGAUCCUCGUUUAACUCCUUUUUCGCAUUAAGGUAGCCUUUCCUUGUCGUGUCCGACUCAGAUAUCUUGUAUCCAUUGCAAUUCAUUGUUAAUUUUAAUUUAUACCGCAUUCAUUCAAAGAUGUAAAUAAACAAUGGCAAUAAAUAAAAACAUUUCCCAGUUUGGAAA